AUGUCGAACCCCAAGGUCUUCUUCGAUAUCACUGCCGACGGCAACCCCCUCGGCAAGAUCGUCAUGGAGCUGCGCAAGGACGCUGCCCCCAAAACGGCCGAGAACUUCCGCGCGCUCUGCACCGGCGAAAAGGGAUUCGGAUUCCAGGGCUCUAGCUUCCACCGCGUCAUCCCCGGCUUCAUGUGCCAGGGCGGUGAUUUCACCAAGGGCAACGCAAGUCUAGAUGGCACUGGCGGCAAGUCCAUCUACGGCGAGACUUUUGCCGACGAAAACUUCACUCUGAAGCACACCGGACCUGGUAUCCUUUCCAUGGCCAACGCUGGUCCCAACACCAACGGCUCCCAGUUCUUCCUGUGCACCGCUACCACCGGCUGGUUGGACGGAAAGCACGUUGUCUUCGGCAAGGUUGUCGAGGGCAUGGAUGUCGUCCAGAAGGUUGAGACGUACGGAAGCGAAUCUGGAAAGACCUCCAAGAAGAUCGUCGUCGCCGCCUCUGGAGAGUGCUAG